AUCCUUCUCCCAUAGUUCCAUUUCACGUUGUCUCUCUCACUCCCUUCACUGCUUCUCCUUCCAUUAAAGUCAAACACUUCAACCUUUGUAUCUCCCUCCGCCGUCCGCUCCAUUUCCGCUUCUAGGGAUUGUGCUCUCUCAUAAAUUUUAGACCAAAAGAAUGGCUUCAUUUGUUUCCACCGAUUGUUUCCUUCCUGCACUUAAGUCUCACCUUGGAUUUGUGCAUCAUGAUGGUUCUUGUGGUACUAAUAACAUCUUGCAUCUUCAAAAAGCUCUUAAAAGCACGAACUCUCUGUCGUUUUUGCACUCUGCGCGAGAAAUUAAGCCACAUGUUCAGAGCAAGGGUCGGCUGUCUUUUUCACAAACAGCUGCUGUGCGGCAUCUGACAGGUUCUGUUACUAGAACCCAGGGACUUCGUUUCGCCGUGGUUGUUGCACGGUUUAAUGAAAUUGUCACCAGGCCACUCUUGGAGGGAGCUUUGGGUACUUUCAGGAAUUACUCAGUUCAAGAUGAGGACAUUGAUGUUGUGUGGGUUCCUGGUUGUUUUGAAAUUGGCGCAGUUGCAACAAGGCUUGGCAAAUCAGGCAAAUAUCAUGCAAUCGUAUGCAUAGGAGCUGUGGUACGAGGAGAUACAACUCACUAUGAUUCAGUUGCUAAUUCAGCAGCAUCUGGAGUGCUUUCAGCUGGUCUAGACUCGGGUGUUCCAUGCAUAUUUGGAGUCCUAACAUGUGAAAACAUGGAUCAGGCUAUAAAUCGAGCUGGUGGGAAAUCUGGGAAUAAGGGUGCUGAGGCUGCAUUGACUGCUAUUGAGAUGGCAUCUUUGUUCGAGCAUCAUCUGAAGUAAUCAUGUCAUGUUGGAAUGAUCGGCUAAUCUCUAUUUUCAUCUCCAGAAUGCUUACGUUCUUGUUCAAAUGUAUUCAUAUCUUCUCAAACUACUGCUGGUUACAAAUAAACAGUUAGCGUUUUUUCCUUAUUAAUUUAUGUGUUUGUAUGGGCCAUGUUGUGUGGUGUUUAGGGAUGGGAUAAAUUUUAUGUACGUGCUGUUGGAGAAUAAUAACAUUUUUAGAAUAUCAUUUCUUUGUUUUUUGUUGCUCAAAUUCGUCUAUUGUAUUUGAGUUUUUGGUCAUUUUGUUAUUAAAAUUCCUAUUCACGAAUAA